GAUGCCAGCAGAGAGGAGGUGGCAGAGCUGCAGCUGGAGACAUCGCCCUGCCUGGAGAGUUUGCUGAGUGCUUGAGGAAGGAGCCCGAAGGUCCUGGUCAGCCAUCGGAGCGGAGGUACCAUGUCUCAGUCCAAGGGCACGGUGGUGCUUGCCUACAGCGGCGGCCUGGACACCUCCUGCAUCCUGGUCUGGCUGAAGGAGCAAGGCUAUGAUGUGAUUGCUUACCUGGCCAACAUUGGGCAGAAUGAGAACUUCGAAGAGGCGAGAAAGAAAGCGCUGAGCCUGGGAGCCAAAAAGGUUUACAUCGAGGACAUCAGCAGGGAAUUUGUGGAGGAGUUCAUCUGGCUGGCAGUCCAGGCCAAUGCCCUGUAUGAGGACCGGUAUCUCCUGGGCACCUCGUUGGCCAGGCCUUGCAUUGCACGUAAGCAGGUGGAAAUCGCCCAGAAGGAAGGGGCUCAGUACGUCUCCCAUGGAGCCACGGGGAAGGGGAAUGACCAGAUUCGGUUUGAGCUGACCUGUUACGCCCUGUGCCCUAAGAUCAAGAUCAUCGCUCCUUGGAGGAUGCCGGAGUUCUACAACCGCUUCAAAGGACGCAACGACUUGAUGGAGUAUGCCAAGAAACAUGGCAUCCCAGUCCCGGUGACUCCCAAGAGCCCCUGGAGCAUGGAUGAAAACCUCAUGCACAUCAGCUACGAGGCCGGGAUCCUGGAGAACCCCAAGAGCCAUGCUCCCCCCGGGCUCUAUACAAAGACCAAAGAUCCUGCCAGCGCUCCAGACACUCCAGAUGUUCUAGAGAUUGAGUUCAAGAAAGGUGUCCCUGUGAAGGUCACUAACGUCAAGGACAGGACCACUCACCAGUCCUCCCUGGAGCUGUUUGUGUACCUGAACGAGAUAGCUGGCAAGCACGGUGUUGGGCGCAUUGACAUUGUGGAGAACCGAUUCAUUGGGAUGAAAUCCAGAGGUAUCUACGAGACCCCAGCGGGGACGAUCCUCUACCACGCUCAUUUAGAUAUUGAGGCCUUUACCAUGGACCGGGAGGUGCGGAAAAUCAAGCAGGGGCUCGCCUUGAAAUUCUCAGAGCUGGUGUACAACGGUUUCUGGUACAGCCCGGAGUGCGAAUUCAUCCGCCACUGCAUCAACAAGUCCCAGGAGCUGGUGGAAGGGAAAGUGUGUGUGUCUGUCUUCAAGGGCCAGGUCUACAUCUUGGGCAGAGAGUCACCUCAGUCCCUGUACAAUGAGGAGCUGGUGAGUAUGAAUGUCCAAGGGGAUUAUGAGCCUGCCGAUGCCACUGGAUUCAUCAACAUCAACUCCCUGAGGCUAAAGGAAUAUCAUCGUCUCCAGAGCAAGGUCGCCACGAAGCAGAAUGAAUAGCAAUCAAUAGGCUCUCGCUCCCCUUUCUAAUUUGUCUAAGCGCGAGCACUAAUUGCGGUGGUAAUUUGUAAUUGUAACUCGCCUCCCAGAAUUGAUGUUGAGGUGAUGGCUUUGUUAUGGGCUUCCGUGGCAAGCAAAACAGAAUCAAAUAAUAAUAAAAAAAGGUGGUAAGCUCCCCUCUGAGAGAAGCGGGAAUGGGAAUUAAAACAGCGAA